AAAAGAAGAAAACAGAGGAAGGCAGGGGAAGCAGUCUGUGUCUCCGUCUCUGCCCUUUGAAAUAAAAGGGUAUUUCUUUCCUCUCUUCAGCCCCUCACCCAGUGAAGGCCAGCUUGGGACAUUCUCCACUUCCCUUCGCUUCCCCUCUGGGAGCCCCUUUCACCGCCCCCCCGCACCUUGCUUCGGGCGAUGCCCCAGAGCGAGCUGUGGCCGGCGGGGCCUGGCUCAGAACCCGUGACCCGCAUCAGCAGCUGUGACAGCAUCAUGAGCACCACGUCCACCCGCUCUGGAUCUAGUGACGGCAGCUACGACUUCCUGUCCGCUGAAGAGAAAGAGUGUCUGCUCUUCCUGGAGGAGACCAUCGGCUCACUGGACACUGAGGCUGACAGCGGACUGUCUACUGACGAGUCUGAGCAAGACACAGCUCCCCAAGGCCCCCGAGCUCUGCCCAUAACCCAGCCUGCUCCCCAGGGAUAUCCAGGGGAGAAGAUCAUUCAGCAAGAAACAGAGCCAAGGAGAGGGACUCAGCCCAGCUCAACCUAUCUUCCUGAGCUCCAAGACCUGGGCCUCAGGUCUGGGUCCUAUAGCCUUCCCAGAAAUAUCCACAUCAGCAUCAACCAGAACCUCAGGAAAAGCACCACUCAGACUCAUAGCCACAGCCCGGGGGCAGUGGAAGGCCUUGUCCCGGAGCCUGAGACAGAGCAGGUCAGCCAAAGCAGUGAGCCCAGCCAGGCUCUGGCCAGCCCCCAGCCACCUGCUUCAGCCCUGGACACAGUGCCCAUCCCUCCACCAGAGGCUUUCCGGGACACCCAGCCCGAGCGGCAGGAGCGAGGCUGCCUGCCCACAGGGCCCGGGCAGCAGACCCACACGUCACUCAGCCCCCAGGAGAGCAAGGAGACUUCCUCAGAGGCCAUGUCCCAAAAAGCCAAUGAGGAAGGCUCAACAGGGGGCCCAGGACAGCUUAGGCCUCCUCCAGCCACCUCCACCUCGUCUCAGAAUAUGAGAGCUGAAGAUGCUCCCGUCCCAUCAGGGGGGGACCCCGGUGCCCACCUGGCCCCCCUCACAGCCUCUAAGCCCCGGAAACUGCCCCCCAAUAUCGUUCUGAAAAGCAGUCGCAGCAGUUUCCACAGCGAGCCCCAGAACUGGCUGGCCCGCCACACCGAGGCCGGCCCUGGAGACCCGGGCCUGGCCCCGUCCUCACUGCAGGAGCAGAAGAAGGCACGCCGAGAAGCACUUGAGAAGCUGGGGCUACCCCAAGACCAGGACGAGCCCAGCUCCCACUUAAGUAAACGCACCAGCUCCACCUGGCUCCAGGCCCCCCUUCCGACUCCAGCACCAGUUCGGCCUGCAGUUCCAGCUCAGGGCAGAGCCGCCGCACCUGCUGGAGGAAAGGCUCCAGCCCCAGCUCCGCCGCGGGGAACCACCCCGGGGAAAGCUCCGACUCCCACUCCAGCUCAGGGGUCUCCUCCAGGCAAAGGAUGGAUUCAAGCCCAGGAACCCACUCCAGGGAAGGUUCCAGCGGCCAAAUCUGUGCCAAUUCCUAUCCCUAAGGCCCCGGGGGUAAGUAAGCCCCUGACUCAGCCAAAGUCAGACUCAGGGCUGACUCUCCAGGAGAGCAACAUCCCGGGCCUGAGACAGAUGAACUUCAAGUCCAACACUCUGGAGCGCUCGGGCGUGGGGCUGAGCAGCUACCUCUCGGCUGAGAAAGACCCCAGCCCCCAAACCAGCACCUCUCUGGGCAAAGGCUCCUUCUUGGACAAGAUGUCUCCUAAUGUCUUACGUAACUCACGGCCCCGCCCUGCCUCCCUGGGCACGGGGAAGGACUUUGCAGGCAUCCAGGUGGGCAAGCUGGCCAAUCAGGAGCAGGAGCAGAGCAGCAGGCACCUGCCCUACCAAGGACAGAGCCCUGACAAGCUGCCUCGACCCCCCUAUGUCAGUGUCAGGAUCUCCCCAAAAGGCGUCCCCAAUGAGCACAGAAGGGAAGCUCUGAAGAAGCUGGGACUGUUGAAGGAGUAG